AACAUAUUUCAGUAGGUUGCAGAUUUUCUAUUAAUACAGUUGUCCUCAACUUUGUUCUUGGAGGCAAGAUUUAGUAGACCAGGCCUAAAACACAUUAGAGAAUUGUAUUACCAGGGAUUUCUUUCAAUGCCAAACUUCAUUGAAAUUUUAUUAAUUCUACUUGCCUGAAAGUUCCAAGAAGACUUGGUGAGUAGACGGAGGAAACCUUUUUGAAGCAGAACCCUAAAAUAUGCAACUGGGACAACUGUCCUUGACGCUUUUGGUUCUUAUGUUUAGGGACACCUCAGAAGCCUGUACUACACGUCCUCAUAUUAAUGCCCUUGAAGGGGAACCUUUCUUUCUGAAAUAUUGCUCAUCAAUCCCUGAGAAUGAAUCAAGCACCACAAAGUGGCUCAAGAGCAAUGGCUCACAUGGACAAGCUGAGCUCCGCCCAAGCAGUUCCCCCAGAGUGACUAUGCAUGGCUAUGCUUUGGAGUUUUGGCCAGUUGAGUUGGAUGAUAAUGGAUCUUACUUUUUCCAAAUGGGAAAUCAAACUCAUGAAUGGAGAUUAAAUGUCAUCAGAAGAAGUAAACACAACUGUUUUACUGAAAAACAAGUAAUUAGUAAAACUGUGGAAGUUGGGAAGGCUUUGCAGGUGGACUGUAACCAUAGUUACUAUCAAAACCUGGUCAACAGAACGGCACUGUAUAAGGACUGUGAGAAGAUAGAGAACAAUAAAAACCCAUCUUUAAAGAAGAAUGCAGAGUUUAAAGACCAGGGGUAUUACACCUGCAUGUUUUUCCUUCAUCACAACGGAAAAUUAUUCAAUGUCACCAGCACCUACAAAAUAACAAUAGUUGAAGGCCCCAGCACUGUCAUUCCAGUCAUCCUCGGACCCGAGGUUCGCCAUGUGGAAGUGGAGUUAGGAACAGACGUGCAGCUCAACUGCUCCGCUGCGCUGAACGAAAAGGACCUCAUCUAUUGGACCUUCCGCAGAGAGGACGGGCAGGAGCCAAAUGAGCACGAAGGGGAGGAGGUAAAGGCCAGGACUUCAGAAGGCAAAUGGCAUGCUUCAAGAAUAUUGAGAAUUGAGAAUAUUAAUGAAAAAAACCUAAAUUUUUCAUAUAAUUGCACUGUGUCCAGCGAGAAAGGCCAAGACACCAAACGCUUCAUCUUAUUGACAAAAGAUCGGAGGGACAUCCCAGGCCAUGUCUUCACUGGAGGAAUGAUCACAGCUGCUGUGAUCUCAGGGGUAGUUCUGAGCCUAGUGAUUGUGGCUGUUAUUUGUAGAGUUGACUUGGCUCUAUUUUGUAGACAUCUCAUGAGAAGAGAUGAAACAUUAACAGAUGGGAAGACAUACGACGCCUUUGUGUCCUACCUGAAGGGCAGCCGGCCGGAGCCCGGGGAGGAGCGCGCCUUCGCGGUGGAGGUGCUGCCCCGGGUGCUGGAGGGGCGCUUCGGGUACAAGUUGUGCAUAUUUGAGAGGGACGUGGCGCCCGGAGGAGCUGUUGUUGAUGAAAUCCAUUCACUGAUAGAGCAAAGCCGAAGACUAAUCAUCGUCCUAAGUACCAGUUACAUGUUUAACGAAGUGAGGUAUGAACUUGAAAGUGGACUCCAUGAAGCACUGGUGGAAAGGAAAAUUAAAAUAAUCCUAAUUGAAUUUGCACCCGUCAGGGACUUCACAUUCUUGCCCCAAUCACUAGAGCUUUUGAAAUCUCACAGGGUUCUUAAGUGGAAGGCAGACCAGUCUCUCUCAUAUAACUCAAGGUUCUGGAAAAACCUUCUUUACCUGAUGCCUGCGAAAACGGCCCCACCACGGGGAGGUGAAUGCGAAGCUGAGCCGGUGCUUGCCGGAAACUGCCCUUAGGGAAGUCUGUAGCCGAGCUGCCAGCUCGGGGGCUGAGGAAGGAGCCUGCUCCAGCCAUGGGCGUGGUGCCUCCAUUUCACUCCACGGAAAUCCCGCUCCUGGUUCCAGCAGGAAGCUUCGCUGGGCUGGGCUGGGCUGCUGGGAGGAGGCCCCAGCGAGCUUCCUAGGCCCCAGGAGACUCUGGACGCUACAGAAGUAGCUCUCCCAUCUCUUCCUAUUCCACAACUGGGUAUGCAACAUGCUCUGCUCCACCAUGAAGCUCCCAGUUCCACCAGGAAGCUUCACGGGGCUGGGAAUGAUCAACAGGCUGCGUGCCUUACCAAAAGGCACAACUGUCAGCGUUUUGAAUGCUACCCAUUGAACUAACGGAUUUUAAGUUUAUGAAAGGGCAUUUCUAUGAGCCAAUAGGGGACAUCGUGACAGGCACAGUGCCACAUGUCACUCUUGCACAUAAGCCACCACCUCCAACACCGGGACAGUGCUGGGGCGCUGGCUGCGGCUGGGCAUGGGGAGCUGCGCUGCAGGGCCAGGCUCCGGUGUCUGCGUGUGGCCGGCCACAGCUGCAGGCCCGGAUGGUUGGAGCUGCCUCGGCUCUACGCUGGGCAGGCUUCACGGGGCCGGUUUGUAGGAACUUCUCAAAGGCAACCCCCAACAACUACCUUUGAGGAUAAACACAGGUUUUAAUUAAAAUAAUUCUCCAGAUCUUUCCAAAUUGGUCAAACACAUUUGUUGAUUUUACACAAAUAUUUACGAACAGGAUGGGUGCCAGACCAUAUCAGCCGCUAGGCAACAAAAAAGGAUCGUUAGUUGCUCGCUUUGUUAGGUUACAUGUUACAUGCCUGCGGUGAGAGCAGCAUGGCUGGUGGUUUGGUGUGAGCUGUGCAGCCAGGAUGCGUGAGCCCAAGUCCUGGCUUUGCUGCUUGCUUCUGUGAACCCUGUACCCUUUCCUAGUGGAUCUAUGCCUCAGCUUCCUCUGCUGUAAAAUUAUCACUAUACCCACUUCAGGGGCACUACAUGAAUAAAGUCCCUACAAUAGUUCUUGGCCAGACUUAACAUUCUGUUAGUGUUGUUAUUACUGUUACUGUUAUUAUUAUUUAUUACUUAGAUCAUUUUUUUAAUUGUUACUCCAGGAUAUGUUUUUAUUGAUUUUCUUAGAGAGGGAGGAAGGGAGAGAGAGAAACACCGAUGUGAGAAACACCAGUCGGUUGCCUCCUGUAUAUGCCCUGACAGGAAUCGAACCCGCAGCCUGCACUGGACAGGAUGGCGCUCCCCAUGAGCCACCCAGUCGGGCUAGGUCCAUGUUUCAGCUGCAGGGUCCCCUGGGAGCCGAGCACAGCGGGGAAGAGCCAGGAGCAGGCAGUCGCCCUGGACAACAGCUGUGCACAGAGGGCAUGUGCAGGAGCACCCGAGGCCAAAGGUCGCUCUUCACUGCACGUGUGCACGUUGUGACAUUGCGAGACAUGCCUGUCUCCCUAAGGCGCUGAGAGGGGCCUUCUUGGUGCCUCACAGUCAGUGGGUCCAGGAGAGGCCCAGAGGGAGGGACAGACAGCCAGAGAGAAGGACCGGCGGGGGAGUGUGGCGGGCAGACAGCGUGCUGCUAGAGGUCAGGGGCGGCAUCCCCAGGUGUCCAGAGUCAGGAAGUCUUGACCGCCCAGAGCUCACAGUGCGUGUGCGAGCCGCUCAGGCACAGAAAGCACAGAACUGUGUUACAGGUCUUAGAUGUGAACUCACACGGUCAGGAGAAACCUCAUUGCUGUCAUCAUUGUCUCUAACACCUAGGAUAACUGUGCUUUGCUCUUUCAUUAUGUAUGCUUUAACAUAUACUGGAUG